AUGACACUAGGUGACUACGGCACCAUUGGAAUAAACUACGGCCGUGUGGCUAACAACCUCCCAUCGCCGCCGCAGGUGGUGCAACUCCUCAAAGCGCAGGGUCUAACCAAGGUGAAGCUUUACGACACUGACUCCUCCGUUCUGUCUGCCCUUUCUGGCUCUGGUAUCUCCGUCACGGUGGCGCUCCCUAAUGAACAACUCUCCUCCGCCGCAGCUAGCCAGUCCUUCACUGACAAGUGGGUCCAGACAAACAUCAUCCCUUACUACCCCAAAACUCUGAUUGACGCCAUUGCCGUUGGUAAUGAAGUCUUUGUAGACCCAAAAAACACCACAACUUUCCUCGUACCCGCCAUGAAAAAUGUUCACGCAUCUCUCUCAAAGUAUGACGUUGCUUCGAAAAUCAAAGUCUGCUCCCCUGUAGCAUUGAGUGCACUUCAAUCUUCCUACCCUUCUUCCUCUGGAUCAUUCAAAUCGGACCUUGUUGAACCCGUAAUCAAGCCCAUGUUGAGUUUUCUCAAACAAACGGAUUCUUUUCUCAUGGUCAAUGCAUAUCCAUUUUUCGCUUACAUAGCGAAUACAGACACCAUUUCUUUAGACUACGCUAUGUUCAGGGAUAACAAAGGCGUAACCGAUCCGAACAACGGGCUUGUGUAUAAAAGCCUGUUCGAGGCCCAAAUUGACGCCGUUUUUGCAGCCAUGAACGCAUUGGGAUUUAAAGAUUUGAAAAUGGUGAUCUCUGAAACUGGGUGGCCUUCAAAUGGAGAUGAAAAUGAGGUUGGCGCCACUCCAGCCAAUGCGGCGGCGUAUAACGGCAACCUUGUCCGCAGAGUGCUCACCGGUAGUGGGACCCCCUUGAGGCCCGACCAGCCUCUAAACGUCUAUUUAUUUGCCCUCUUCAAUGAAAACCAGAAGACCGGGCCCACUUCAGAAAGAAAUUACGGACUUUUCUACCCGAACGAGAAGAAAGUCUACGACAUACCACUCACACUAGAAGGUUUAAAGAAUCAUCAGCCCGCGAUGAAUAAUGGAAGCAAGAAUCAAGUACCGGUAGCAGCGGCGCCGCCAAGUGGGGAGGUGUCAGCCAGUAAGGCGGCACAGACAUGGUGCGUGGCCAAUGGUGAGGCCGGGAAGAAGAAAUUACAGGAUGCGCUCGAUUAUGCUUGUGGUGAAGGCGGGGCUGAUUGUCGUCCAAUUCAAGAGGGUGCGACAUGUUAUAAUCCUAACUCACUCGAGGCCCAUGCAUCAUAUGCUUUCAAUAGUUAUUAUCAAAAGAAUGCUAGAAAAAUUGGUUCUUGUGAUUUUGGUGGCGCGGCCUACCUAGUCACUCAAUCUCCGAGAUUUGGCAAUUGCGAGUUUCCCACAGGCUAUUGA